AUGUUCGGCAACGACUCAGAUUUAGUUGAUUCCCUUUUAGGGCGGCUCUCGUCUACUUUCAAGAUUCGAGACUUGGGCAAGCCCACCUUCUUCCUAGGCAUUGAGACUUUGUCGGAGGGUGGUAGCUUCCUUCUAUCUCAACGGCGGUAUAUGGCUGAUGUUCUCUCUCGUGCAGGUAUGACUGACUGUAAGCCUUUGGCUACCCCAGCUGCGAUCACUCAACCGGCUACACCGACUCUUGAUCCGUUUGACAAUCCGACUCAAUACCGUCGGAUCGUAGGGGCACUACAGUACUUGACCAUUACUCGGCCAGAUCUCUCGUUUUCAGUUAACAGGCUUUGUCAAUUCAUGCACUCUCCCACACAGGAUCAUUGGGGUCUCCUCAAACGUGUUCUCCGUUAUGUAAAAGGCACCCUUGACUACGGUCUUCGCCUGUCUCCGUCAUCAUCCUCCGCUAUACAUGCUUUUUCAUACUCGGACUGGGCCGGUUGUACUAUUGACCGAAAAUCCACCAGUGGUUAUGCGGUCUUCCUUGGGUCCAACCUCAUCUCCUGGCUGUCUCGGAAGCAACGCUCGGUUGCACGCUCCUCGACCGAGGCCGAAUACAAAGGGCUUGCUGACGUUGCUGCUGAAGUUACCUGGGUCGUGUCCUUACUCCGGGAACUGGGUCUACAUACUGGCCAGCCUGCUACAUUAUGGUGCGAUAAUCUAGGGGCGACUUACUUAGCUGCUAAUCCCGUGUUUCACGCCAGAACGAAGCAUGUGGAAAUCGACUUCCACUUUGUGCGCGAUAAAGUUUCUUCGGGGGAAUUCGUCGUCAACUUUGUUUCCACCAAGGACCAGCUUGCUGACAUCUUCACCAAACCUCUUCCAGCUCCUCGCUUUCAUACUCUGAGGGACAAGCUCAAUGUGGACAUCAUCCACCCUUGUGCUUGA